AUGGCCCCCGACAAGAAGGACAAGAAGCGCAAGGCUGCCGCCGCCGCUGCCGCCGAUUCGCCCGCAAAGAAGACCAAGAAGGUCGAGGCCAAGCCUGCCGAAUCCCCCAAGGACGCCCCCAAGUCUAUCCUCAAGAAGGCCAACCAAAAAGAGUCGGCUGCAAAGACCGAUGGCGCUUCGAAGGCGAAGGCCAAUGGCCAGCCCGCCAGACAGAUCAAGCCUCGCAAGCGUGCGGCCGAUUUCCUGAGCGACAACGACAACAGUGACUCCGAGGCGGAAGUUGCUGAGACCAAGGUUCAGAAGGAGGAGAAGCCUACCACCAAAAAGUCGAAGAAGGAGGACGGAACUGCUGCUCCUGCGACAAAAUCCAAGCCCGCCAAAACCAACACGAAGGCUAAGAAGGCAGAGCCUGUCCCUGAAGAAUCUGAAGAGGAAGACGAGUCCGCCGCCUCGGAUGCUAGUCAGAGUGAGGAUGAGGAGGACGACCGCACAGCCGCCCUUAUCAAGGGCUUUGAGAGCAGUGGCAAUGAGGAUGAGUCUGGCGAUGAAGGCUUCAACCCCGACCAGCCGGUCCCUAAGAUCCCCGAUUCGAAGAAGGCCAAGCGCAAGAUCUUGAAGAAGCAGAAGGAGAAUGCCGGUCAAGCAGAGGAGCCUGGAACGGUUUACGUUGGACGCAUUCCCCACGGUUUCUACGAACACCAGAUGCGCGCCUACUUCAGCCAGUUCGGUGACAUUACCCGCCUGCGUCUCUCCCGUAACCGUAUCACCGGUCGCUCCAAGCACUAUGCUUUCAUCGAGUUCGCAUCUACCUCUGUCGCUAAGAUUGUCGCUGCCACCAUGGACAACUACCUCAUGUACGGUCACAUCCUGAAGUGCAAAUACGUGUCCCCCGAACAGCUCCACCCGGAGGUCUGGAAGGGUGCCAACAGACGGUUCAAGCGCACCCCCUGGAACCGCAUCGAGAAGAAGCGUCUGGACAAGGGCAAGACGAGAGAGCAGUGGACGGAGCGCAUUGAGAGGGAGCAGAAGAGACGCCUCGCCAAGGUCGAGAAGCUCAAGGCUAUCAUGGGCUACGACCUCGACAUUCCGCAACUGAAGAGCGUGGAUGAGGUUCCUGUCCAGGAGGCCAAGGCGAUCGAGGCAUCUGAGCCCGCUGCUGAAGAACCCGCCAAGGCUAUUGAGGCUGCCCCGGUCGAGGAGCCCAAGGCCGAGAAGCCCGCUGAAGAUACCCCUAAGAAGACCAACAAGAAGACCAAGAAGGCUGCUCAGUCCCCUGCUGUGCAGGAGACUCCCAAGUCGGCAGAGAAGUCUACCCCGAAGAAGACCACCGAAGAAGCUGCUUCCCCAGCCGCUCAGAAGGCCAAGAAGGUCCAGAAGAAGACCAAGGCCAAGUCUAAGGCUUAG